AUGUCGGACGACGAAGGUCGUCUCCUAAUAGACGACAUCCAAGACGGGUCCGGAUCUAUGGAUCAUGAUUUUUCAUCAAGCGUUCUUGUUGAUGUCAAGUCUGCCCAGGGGGAUGCCGAGAACACCUCUAUAAACAAGCUGUCCACACCUUUGACAGUUCCCGUGUUUGGUCAGCCGCAAGUUACUUCGAGCGGAGAUAUGCAUUACCAUGGAGGCACCACUGGUGCUCAACGUAUGGAGAGUUCAUCGUUCCCUUUCACUGCUAGUCUUACAAAACUUCACGGUGAACAAGAGACUUCAUCGACCUUAAGCAACUCUCCACUGAAACACAAGAAAAGACUUCAACACGAAGCAAAUCCUUCAGUUUUCGCUCCUAGAAGCGACAAUCACUCUUUGGUAUCUACACCUCGCAGUUCAACGUCUACACACGAGUCUAGUGGUGUCCAGGGUGAUCAUUCAGCUAACGGAAAGCGCCAAAAGAAGUACAAAGCUAACGGAAUGACAAAAGGUCGAGGUGACGGACUACCACCUCGGAAGAGAAAAGACAGUUCAUUCGACGAGCAAAAUCUUCCCGAAUCUGACUCCGACGAAACAGUGACCAAGAAACCAAAACCGCAGUCUCGCGAUCGUGGUACGUGUGUUCAUUCUCGAGCGGUGCAGAGCGACAGUGAUGCUUCUUUCUUCGACUUAGAAAUCGGAUCUACUCGACUUGUGGAGAUGACGGUUGUGUGCAAGAUGGAAAAUAACGAGCUGUAUGUCACGGUGAAAUGGAAGGACCAGGAGAUGAGUGGUGUUCUAACUGAUGGUCGUUCUCCUGCAUACAAUCCUUACAUGAAAAAGAGGCAGGCCAUAAUCAACAGCAGCUCCACCAGCUCCAGCAACAGUGCUUCCGGUGACGCAAACGAACGCGCCUCUAACAGUGGUGCAAGUACGCCAUCGAAAUCGCGACAGCAACCAGCAACUCCUCGUGACGCCAAGAAAAGAUCGCUGCCAUCUGAUGCAAAGAGAAAGCUCUCUUGCUCCACAACUCGUCCUGGUAGCUCGGCGGAACCCCAGGAUGACGAUGAAGAGUUAGAUGUGGAAUCUACCGUUGGUGGAUCCUCUUCCAACAUGGACGCUUUCAAACUGUUUGAGGUUCCUGGACGGAAGUCAAUGCACGUUUGCCCGUUUGAAGGCUGUCAGUAUCGAUAUGCACGAGGCGAAGAGAUGGAGUACCACAAAGCUACUGCUCAUGCGAAGAGAGCGGUUAUGUAUGAAGCCAUAUGUUGUCAAACUGACAUAUCUGCGUUCCGUAGGCGAUCUGUGCAAACAGAUGUGGAAGGGCUCGUCCCUGAAGUGCCUCCGUGUCCAUCAACAGCGGAGGGAUCUGUGAAGCAGGAAAAACCUGCUUCGACAUCAUCCGGAACGGAGACAAAGGUUGAAGAUCCGCAACCUUCCAAGUCUCCAGCAGGUUACUCAGACAUUUCUGAUGAUGGAGUGGCCCCCCAGCUGCAGAAAGAAGAACCUACUAACGACGUUCGUGCUCCUCUUCUGAUUUCCACUGCUCUUCCUACGAGCUCGGCCUCUGGCCCCGCAAAUAUUCUCACAUCACCAGAAUUCGCUUCAAGUCCUAGAGAGCGAGAACCAGUACCAGAGUCACUGCCGUCCACCCCACAACAACCUAAAGUUUCACGCCCGUCGUCAAUGCCGGUAGCGCCAGCGACUCCCACCGCACUUCAGUCGUCCUUCCAACCCGUGUCAGCUGAACGCAAUCGAGGUACUGUGAAUGGUACUGGAGUAAGUCCUGUAGUGAAUUCAGUUGGCACGCCAACGUCUGUGUCGGCAAUAUCGGCAACUGCUCGCUUACCAGUAACUCCUGCACCCACUGGAAUGUACAUGUCUUCAUUCGCCCAUCAAAUGAUGUCACCCUUCACCCCUACUCAACUUGGUGCAACUCCAACUGCAAAUCCUGCGCCGUCACCUCAACAGCAACCGCUAAACAAACUUCCACAGUCUCAUAUGAAACCCUCUGAUGACGUUACGCCUUCGAGCGGAGUGUUAUCUGCUGGGAAAACGAUGCAGUCCCCCGCUGCGCAGAACAUGCAACGCCAAUUCGGACUGCAAAUGAUGCAAUCAGGAACGGGUCAACACCAGGCUGCUAUGAUGCAGGCAGCUGCUGCGCAAGCUCAGAUGGCACAGAUGCACCACCUCUAUAUGCAGCAAAUGGCCGCGGGUGCACGAGGCGCUCAAUUUCCAAUGGCUGGUACGUCAGCAGGCGCUCACGAAAUGGCGCAGUUAGUUGCACUACAAGCUCUGCAACAACAACAGCAACAAAGUCAUUUUGCAAACAUGUUCCAACAAAAAUGA